AUGAAAGCCAACCUAAUUUACAUUCUCGCCAUCUUUACCGCCGGCGUAUUCGCAACCCCCAAGCCGAGUCUCGGCAACACCCUAGGUGCGCGAUCCGGUACCUGCCACAAACCUAGCUCCUGCAGCAAAUUCUGGGCGGGCAAAUGUGAGCAGUACUGCGAACCUUACAAGUUCUCUCAUAUGACCAGCGACGGGUGCCAUACUUUUGCCCAGAAGUGCUGCUGCGAUACUACCAAGGCCUAA